AUGGUGCAAAUGUGCUUUAGACAUCCCUCAGUUCAUGUACACAUUCCUCAGUUCUCUCACGGCCUCUCUCAACAUCGAAGUACACCAAUACAAUCCCUCUGUUUUCUCCAUCUCUCCGUCUCUGCUUCGCCCUGCACAUCGCCCUUUCAAUCACCUACUGAGACGCAUGAAAUAGUCAACCGGAUAGCUUUGCUUUUCCUUGCUGCUCUCUCUAAGUUGCUCUACACACUUUCCCAAACCCUCUGCCAAUUCAUUUUGGCCCUCUCUUAUGAGGGCUGCUUGAAGGUAGCUAAAAUUUUUUUUUUUUUCCUGAUACCAGUAUCUUUGAUACUUCCAAGUGUGGUGUUAUUCAGCUCAAUAGUGGCUUGGCUCGAACUCCUCAGAUGGGGUACAAGUUACAUUCAUGAUUUACAGCAUAACAGCUUACUUGCCAACUGUGGUCAAUCCUGCUACUACCACCAGAGCAUGCAAUUCAUCAUCAGCUUCAAAAGCUUGCCUACUGUCAUUACCAACUUUUGUCGGCAAAAGAAUGCAAGUAGCAAAGACUUUAUUCAUUUUUCAAGGCUAUCACCAGCUACAAACAGGCUCGUAGCCUACUUAAAAGUCUCUGCUAGGAAUCAAAAGGCUCCAUCAGUGCAAGUAUUCGAGUGACAGCAUCUAUAGAAAUACUCUGAUGUAUGUAAAUAUAAUAGUUUACUAUUAGUCUGGAUAAUCUCUAUUUCUUUUUAAUUUUAAUGUAUUCAACUGCA